AUGAAGUAUAUCCCAAGUUAUAUCCUUUGGGGUUGGCGUGCAUUUGGAGGUCUGCCACUGAAAAUUACUUCGGGGCCUAAAGCUCACAAGGAACUGACAUUUUCUAUAACUGGCUUCAUAUGGAGUUUAGUAUUCUUCAUACUACAAGAAGCUCUCUCUUUUAUCGGUAUGUAUAUAACUAUCACGAGGGGAAGAUUCGGUAAUGAAAAGAAUAGACCCAUGCAAUUCUCAAUGAUUCUGGACUUGGUGGCUCUGCAAAUUAUGGCAGCUUCCACGUUCUUCAGCGGCACAUGGAAGUACUCGAGGAUAGUUGACGUCUUUGGCAAACUGGACCGAAUCUAUCGAGACCUUCAGUACAAGAACAGAGAGGUCAAGAUCCAAGUGAAUGUCACAGUAGUCUCCAUCGUCAGAACUUUCCUUUUUAUAAUCAACUACGUAAAGCUCAUGAUGAACGAUACACAAGUUCUCAUUGUAGUGAGUUAUGCAACCUUCCUAUUCCUGGAAUGCACCCUACUUGCCUUUCUCUUCCACUUUACCCACGUCACUCAAAGUAUCACCUUUGCAUUCAAGAUGGUGACUGACAAGAUGAGAGAACAGGUUAUCUCCAGCAUAAUUGAACCAACGGUGAUAGACCGCAGCCUGGCUGAUGUUGCCAUCUUUCGUACAACAAGUAGUACUGUCUCAAAAAUACAGCAAAUUAAGGCUCUGAUGAACACCUACUGGAUGCUGUGUGACGUCGUACACAAGGCUAAUGAUUUCUACUGCGAUCAGCUGAUGGCCGUUAUGCUCUCAUUAUUUGUUCACGUCACUGUCACGUCCUACUUCUUCUUCUUGCACGUCAGAUCUGGUAACGUGUUGGACAUGACUAUGGAUGCAAUCUGGGUCCUGGUUCUCAUCUGCUAUGCGAUUCUGGUUGUGAACUCAAGCACUGAAGUCACGAACUGGCUGAAUGAGUUCUUGCUGCAGUCGCCUCACCACAACGCAAGAUUCUCUGCUCGUGGCUUUUUCAAGAUCCACAACGAAACACUAAUAUCAAUGGCUGGAGCGGCCACGAAUAACCUGGUGGUACUGAUCCAGUUCCAGACCGAGAAGUAA